AUGGAGUCAUCUGCUGAGCAUCAUCAUCAUCGUCUUCGGCGUUCCACCUCCUCCAGUGCCCUGCCAACCCAUGAAAACAGCAGCUCUACUGCGUUACUGGAAAUAAGAAAAUCAGUGAGCCAGAACGGUAGAUCAAUAACAUACCUGAAACCCAACGAGACAGACGAGAUUGGCGCACCACCUUCCUCCUCCGACCUAGGUUUGCUUCUCCUCCGGGCCGCACAGUCCCUCCAUGCCUCGGGUGAUGAUCCCAUCAAAGCCAAUCGCUUCGCUCUUAAAGCCGCUGAAUUCUUCCAACAAAAGCUAGUCGAAGAAGGUACUACCACCGUUGAGCUCUUAACCAGCUUCCAACUCUUGGCCGCAACCCUCUGUAAACUGGGUCAGUUCGAAGAAGCCAUCCAAGUGCUCCGCAAGUCGGUUUCCUUCUCUUGCUCCUCUGAUUUAAACCUCAACCCAGAACUAGCCAACGCCUCAUUCUCUGUGUUCAUGCACCUCGGGGACAUUUACUUCACAUUGGGUCAUUACGACUCUGCCAUGGAUUCCUUCCGGUCGGGUCUCGAUGUCCAAACCCAGUCACUGGGGCUGUCACAUCCACAGGCCGCCGAAACUUGCAUAUACAUAGCCGAGUCCUACCUGCAACUCAUGUAUUUCAAGGAAGCUGAGGAGCUCUGUUCCCUUGCCCUCAAUAUCCAUCACGAAAACAACAGUAGCUCCAUCGAAGAGGUCGAGGCUAGGAGACUCAUGGGUCUGAUCCACAAUGGCAGAGGCGAAAACAGAGCAGCAUUGGAACAGCUGCUUCUGGCGAGCUCAGCUCUCUCAUCCUUGCCAGAAUCAGAACAGCUAGAAGUGGCAUUCCUUGACGUUAGCAUAGGUGAAACGUUUGUCGACCUGGGUAGAUAUGAUGAGGCUCUGUCCUCGUAUCACAAAGCACUUUCGGUGCUCAAAGCCCUGUACGGAGAAGGGCACACUGCAAUAGCCUCCAUCUUUGUAAGCCUUGCUGACCUUCACCUGAAGAAAGGGAUGAUAAAGGACGCCCAACUCCACUGUGAGGAGGCCCUUCUUAUCUAUGGUAGUAUCGAUGCUAAUGCGUUAAAUUCUGUAGAGGAAGUCGCCAUUGGUUUAACUGCUACUGCAGCUCUGUUUGAGUCCAUGGGAGAACUUAAGCAUGCCAUUUCGCUACUCUACAAGGCUCGUGAGAUCAUAGAAAGCACAUUAGAACACCCAAAUGCGAUAGUUGGUGGGAUUGAGGCGCAGAUUGGGGUAAUGCUGCAGAUGACUGGGAAUCACCGUGAAGCGUAUCUGAUGCUUAGAAGCGCCAUCUCUAGUUAUAGAUUGGUUGAUCAGAAGAAAAGCCUCGUGGUGGGGAAGCUAUUGAAUCAGAUGGGUUUGGCAUGUUUGGGAUUGGAUUCCAUUUGGGAAGCUGCGGAAAAUUUCGAGCAAUCCAAGGAUGUUCUCGAACGGGUCUGUGGUGCCCAUCAUUCCAAUACUCUCGACGUCUGCAUCAACCUUGCCGGAACUUAUGAUGCCAUGGGAAGAGUUGAUAAGGCAAUAGAUCUUCUCGAUGGAAUUCUUGAAGAAAUGGAGAACAGAUUGGGAACGGCCAAUACUGAGGUAGAACAUAUACGGAAAUGGCUCUCCAAAAUGCUAAAAGAAACAGGUCGAUGCAGAACAAGGAAAGCUCAUACCUUACAGGAUCUUCUCCUAUCGCAAAAGAUGGGUCAUGCUGUAAGAUUGAAAGCUACAUCUGAGUGCAGCUGCCCGGGCCCAGAGUGAGUGUCUUCGCUGCACAAAACUAUCUUCACCACAUCAAAAUAGCCAAAUGGGUGUCCAUCAAUCUAUCUGGGUUGUAGCUUUUGCAGUGCAGUGAUUUUGGGACCUUCACACUUCAUUAUUGGCUCAACUUGCCCAAGCAACUUUCAAUCUGAAUCUUCUUCCCUUAGCAGUGGAUUAAUUGCAUAUAUUUUCCUCUUUGCUCUUUUGAUUCUUUUGAUCUUUUGUGACAAAUAUUAAAGUAAAAACAUUGGUAACUUUGAAAUAACAACAACUACCUAGCGUAGGUUGUGAGAUUCUAAUGCA